CAUUCUAAUCUAACCACUGUUACUCUAUGAAUUUAAUUUCUGGUACUUUGCGAAAUUUAAAAAUUUAAUGAACACCAUCUAGCAGUGCGAAUCCCGAACUAAAAAUGAUGUAACAGGAUAACAUGAAAGUAAAAGGAAUACUCACAAGGACUGUACACUAACUUUUCGAGCCCUGGGCAUAAAAAAAGCAAAACUAAACAUGAAUGAAACAGAAAUGAAAGUGACAUUAGGAAAAUUUUAAUGUAUAAGCAAUUAUGGUUUGAUGUUACAAAAUAAUAUAAAAUAGAAAGACCGUAGACAUUAAAGUGUUUUGAGUAACUAAAAUUUUAUAUCUGUAAAUUUAUUUAUAAUAUCUUCGCAUCAAAGAGUUUUUGGAAAUAUGUAACGAAUUUAUUUUGAAUAAGUUUUAGUAAUGUGUCUAGUUUUUAUAUAAUUAUUUUGCUUAAUUCUAAAUGCGGUCCUGGGAUGUAUGAGAUAUUUGUCUACACGAUAUAGACCACGUGAAGAGAAUUGUAUGAAAGCAGCAAAAAAUUAUUAUGAAUUUUUAGAAGCUAAUAACUAUAAUAUUCCUGUAUCUGCUUUACAAAGGUAUCUAACAUUGUAUGCUUCCUCGAAAAUAAUACUUACAAAUGAGGAAAAAGUACAUAUUUCAAGUGUUUGCAAGAAAAUUAUGGAUCAGCAUAAACAUUUACCUGCAGUUGUAGCUUCAACUGUUAUUAAUUCUUUAUGUAAAGUAGAUGAAUUAGAUAAGGCUAUUAUGGUCUUGAAAGAGUUUGAAUCUUACGACUCUAAAAUUCUUAUAAAAGCUUAUCCUUCACUGAUUGUUUCUAUAUUGGCAAAUGGUAAUUUAACUAUGGCACAAGAAUAUUUGGAUCGUGCACUGCAAGAGGGUACAGCCCCUAAUUGCAAAAUAUAUGACGCUUAUUUACGUUUCUGUUUACGGGACAGAAAUACAUUUAAUGAAAACAUUGAGAAGUUGUUUUUAUUAUGGAGGAAGUAUGGUACAAAACCGCUGAAGCGCUCUAUAAUAAAAUACAUGGAAGCUUGUAAUGAACUUGGCUGGUCUGUAAAAUUCAUGACCAAAUCAGAUUCACUAUGCAACAAUUGCCAUCAAAUAGUAGAGGAAACAGAGCUUUCUGAAGAGGAGUAUAAACGUCUACAUGAAGCAAUUGCACAGAAUGUAGUCACUAAUAAUGCAUAUAGAACAUCAGAUCCACAAGAAUUGAAUGCCUUUAUAAGGUUUAUAAAGUAUCGGAGAUAUGAUUAUGUUAUUGAUGGGUUAAAUGUGAUGUGUAGUGUUACACCUUCCCCGCAGCAUUUUGCAUCACUUCUUAGGGCUUUAAAGAAAGAAGGUAAAAAGGUGCUUGUUAUUGGAAGACACCAUAUACAGAAAACCAUCAUGAAUCGGGAUUUACAAGAUACUGCAGAUUAUUUCUACGUGAAUGAUUUAUCAAAUGAUGAUGCGUUUGUGUUACAUGCUACAUUUUUAAGUGGAAAUGGUACUAAUAUUAUCUCCCAAGAUUUAAUGCGCCAACAUAAAUUUACUUUCAGUAGUAUUGAACUGGAAGUUCUUUUUAAAAGGUGGCAAAUGGUGCAUCAGUAUACUGUCCGUAAAAAUACAAACAUUCUAGAAAAAUUACAUACACAUACAUAUAUAGAUUCAUAUGUUGUAAAGAAAAAUAAUUGCUGGCAUAUACCAUGUGUUAAAACUUCCCAAGCCUUGAAACCACAAGCGUGUGAUACGUGGGUAUGUUUUAAAAUGUCUAAUUGAAACGUAUACACUUUUAGACAGAUUUAUAUUUAUUUGUUCUUUACUGUAUCUUUUGACAUUCUUAUAAAUAAGCGUAUAAGUAAAUAUAAUAACAAUUUAA